AUGGUGUUGGGCACCUCUUCCUCCAUCUCCCUGUUCUGUGAAGAGGACAGUGGCAGCAUCCUUAGGCGCGAUGACUAUGAGGCGCCAGAAACGGGGAGGGAUCUUGAUCUGUCAGGCUUUGCCAGGUUGCAGUUGGAGAGCGACGAGCUUGUAGGGUUGCUUAUGGCCAAGGAGAGGGAACAAUUCACUGAAACCGCAGCCAGAGUUUACCUGGAGAGGCUGAACAAUGGAGGAUUGGAGCUUUCCUGGAGGACCAACGCCAUCGACUGGAUUUGCAAGGUCCAGAGUCACUACAGUUUUGGACCACUCUGUGUAUACCUUGCGGUGAACUAUCUGGAUAGGUUCCUAUCCUCAAAACAACUCCCUAACGAUGCACCCUGGGCGCAGCAGAUUCUGGCAGUUGCUUGUGUAUCCCUUGCUGCCAAGAUGGAGGAGAUUGUUGUUCCCCAGUCUGUAGACUUUCAGGUUUGUGGUGCCAAGUAUGUGUUUGGAGCAAAUGCUAUUCAAAGGAUGGAGGUUUUUGUGCUGAGCACUCUGAAAUGGAGGAUGCACUCUGUGACACCCUUCUCUUACAUUGAUCACUUCCUUGACAAGUUCAACGCGGGGAAGCCGCUAACUCAUGGUCUAGUCUCUCAGUGCACCAAGCUCAUACUCGACACUCUGAAAGCAACAAAGUUCCUUCAUUUCAGACCUUCUGAGAUUGCAGCAGCCGUAGCUCUUUUAGUGGCUCCUGAAGCCCAACUUCCUGGCUUCGAUAGCACUUUCGCUGGUUUUAAAAUUCCAGUUGAUAAGGGAAAUGUUGCAAGAUGCUGUGAAACAAUGCAAGAGAUGGCACUAGCGAAGAAGAACGUGCACAGGAGUGCAAGUCCUUCUGGUGUGCUGGAUGCCUCAUUAUGCACAUCUACCAGUGAUGAUAGCAUAACACCCGGAUCAUCACAAACAAUCAACAGCGACAAUGUUAAUGACAACCAGGCCUGUUCCCCCGCUUCCAAGAGGGCAAGGCUAUCCUAAGCCUCAAUGC